AUGCCCUGUCUCGUUCUUAUCCGUGUUCGGAUUCAGGACCUCUACACAUUGCGCAACGCCAUCUACAAAGCUCGCAGUGUUCUAGAAAAGGGCUAUCGAGGCCUCUACAUCGGUAUCUCCAAUGAUGCUGAACGUGUUCCACCUUGCGAGAGUCAGCCUCUCCUCAACUUCGGAAUGGGAUUAUUCUACUUUUCGGACGAAGCGGACGCUAGACGCUUCAUCUACAGUGAUCAGGGCUUCAUGGAGACGGAUUUUUUGGAGAACUCGGAUAUUAUGAUCAUUCCUAUGCUUAAGCCGCUCCUGAUUGGUUGCUACGGAACAGCACUUCUCUUCACGGAGUUGGUUCGAAGUGAAAACUACUGCCAAAUGCCAGCAUCAGCCAUCACCUUUGAUAUGGAGAAGUGUGGAGCAGUUCCAAAUAUUGUGGACACCAUUCAAGUGGGUAUGAUUAGAGCCUAUGAGGCAAAACCCGGCGGUUUUCGAAUUUCUCAAUUUCCCAAUAAGAAGGUCUUCUACGAUUGGGUGAAGUCAGAUUGUGGGGCUCGAUUUAGAGAGGAUAUGUGCAAAGUGAGAAGUAUGAACACGUACAUUGCAACAUUUGCAAGGGACCUGUUUUGA